CAUAGUUUAGUUACGAUUUCGAAAACGAACCGACGCGUCCCGCCGCCGGUACCGAAUCCUCUAACGAGUCCACUUUCUACUUCUUCGAUUACUCGAUCUACUCAAUUCUUAUUCUGUUAAUCUGUAUUCGUACUCUUUACUACUUCAAGUGUCAGUGCAUUGACUACAGUGAAACGUGCCUUUAUUGGAUUUUUAUUUGCUGAUCUUGGAACAGUUCGUCCAAGCAACCGGACACUUUUGCCGCGGUAAUGAGCCACAGUUAGCACAAUGGGGGUGGUAGACGACUUGGCCCCGAGCUUCACGCAGAAGCCCCAACUGCGCCAGGAGGACGAUGGCAACAAGCUGGUCUUCGAGUGCCAGCUGCUCGCCUCGCCGAAGCCCGAGAUAUGGUGGUACCGCAGCGAUGAACUGCUCAAGGAAGACAACAGGACUCAAUUCAAGAUCCAGAGCAUCGCCAACAACAAGUUCCUGGUGGUGCUCGAACUGGAUGACGUGAUCGAGACGGACGCGGGGCUGUACAAAGUUAAGGCCAAGAACAAGAUGGGUGAGGUGGCCGCCUCCAUCAACCUUAACUUCAGCCCUGCUGACGAAGAAAAACAGAAACAAGUGGACGGUAAAGCGCCAACGUUCGCGCGCAAGCCAGCCAUCAGGCAGGAAGACGAUGGCAAGCGGCUUAUCUUCGAGUGCCGCAUUGAGGCCGAGCCAGUCCCCAGCGUAGCCUGGUUCCACAACACCGUCGAGGUGAAACCCGACGCCAGGCAUAAGUUAACAGUAAGCAAGGACGGCAAAUCAUACUAUGCCGCAUUGGAAAUCAACAAUGUUACCGUGGAGGACGCUGGCAAGUACAGAGUUACGGCCAAGAACGAACUGGGCGAGAGUAACGCCACAAUCAGUUUGAACUUCGACAGCGACGAAGCGCCCGUACCUGAGGACUUUAUCAAACCGACAUUUACGGAGAGACCGGUCAUCAGGCAAUCGGAAGAUGGUACCAAAAUCACAUUCGAAUGUAGAUGUGUUGGCAAACCGAAACCAACCAUCACAUGGUACCAUGGUAAAAAAUUAAUAAAAGAGAGCAGUCGAUACAAAAUAACACUAGAUGAGGACCAAUCGUUAUACCAUAUGGCGCGACUUGAAAUCUUAGGCGUGGAAAAUUCGGAUAGAGGAGAAUACAGGGCUUUAGCGAAAAACAAACAUGGUGAAGGCGUAGCAAAAAUAAAUCUUAAUUUUGAAGGUGGAGAUAAACCGAAAAUUCCCGAUGGAAAAGCACCAAGGUUUCCUAAAAAGCCUACAAUUAGACAAGAAGGGGAUAUUCUUAUUAUGGAAUGUGUUUUAGAAGCAUAUCCCUUACCAGAUAUUACAUGGUUCCACGGCGACAAAGAAAUUAAAGAUGGAGCUAAAAUGAAAAUGUCUAGAAAGGCUAUUGGAAAAGAUACAUUUAAUUUAACCUUAGAAAUUUUAAGUCCCACAAGAGAGGAUGGUGGAAACUAUAGGUGUAACGCUUUCAACUUGUUUGGCGAGAGCAAUGCAAAUAUCGCUCUCAAUUUCCAAGGUGGGGAUGACGAAAAUGGUUUCGCACCAUCAUUCAUAGAGAAACCUCGAAUCAUUCCCAACGAAGAUGGCACUCUCAUUAGCAUGCGGUGUGUCUGCAAAGCCAAGCCGGCGGCUGAAGUCACGUGGUACAGAGGCACGACUGUCAUCAAGGCUAGCAGUAAAAUUGAAAUUAAAUCAUCUGAAAUGGGCGAGGAUAUUUAUGAAUUGGUAUUGCUCUUGACCAACCCGACGGCAGCGGAUGGUGGCGCCUACCGCUGUCACGUCAAAAACGAAUAUGGUGAAAGUAAUGCUAAUUUGAACUUGAAUAUUGAAGCGGAGCCUGAACCAGAAGGGGAAGGUCCAACGUUUGUUGAGAAACCCACAAUUCAAUCUAAAGAUAACGGUAAACUAGUAAUUAUGGGAUGCAAGGUUAAAGCUAGCCCAAAACCAACGAUAGUGUGGUACCACGAGGGUAAAGAAAUCAGGGACUCGUCGAAAAUCAAAACCAGGGUCGAAGUUAAAGAAGAUAUUUACACUAUUGUAUUGGAACUCGUUGAUCCUGGUAUUGAAGACUCGGGAUUGUAUAAAUGCAACAUUAAAAAUGAACUUGGAGAGCUCAAUGCAAAUCUUACGCUCAAUAUUGAAAUCAUUCCAGUUAUCAAAGAGAAACCAAAGAUCAUUAAGAUAGUUAAAAAGAAGACUGUUAUUAUUGAAUGUAAAGUAUUAAGUAAAUUUGCGCCUGCGUGUACAUGGUUCAAGGAAGUUAAUGCUGUCAAAGAGGACUCGAGGCAUACAGUGCUUAUUGAGCCUCUUAGAGAAGGCGAAUUCACAGUCAAAUUGGAAAUUUCAAAUGUUUCCCAAAAUGACAAAGGGUCAUACAAACUCGUCGCUAAGAACGAGAAGGGCGAGGCGACGUCACAACAAGUCGAAAUCACGGACAUACCCGAAGAAAAGGGAGAAAAACCCCAAAUCAUCAAACAUUUCAGAAGUUUGGCGAAGAAAGAGAACGAGGAAGCAGAGUUCGUUGCUGUCCUCAAGACAUCUGACCAAUCGUGCAGAUGUACCUGGUACAAAAACUCGACGGUCAUCAGAGAUUCGUCGGAGGUAAACACCUCGUUCGACGGCACAAACGCAAGGAUCAUUAUCAGGAAGGUCUCCUCGAAAUAUGUUGCCAACUAUAGAGUGAUCAUCAAGAACGAAUUUGGUGAAGACGAAUCCAGCGCAGACUUAACUUUGGUUGAAGAAAAGAAAAAGAAAAAGGAGGAAGAAGAAGAGGAAGAAAAGACCGUUAUUGAGGAAUCAGAGGAAGAAAUGUCAAUCGUAGAAGAGAAAUCUGUAAUUGAAGAAAACCACGUCGAUGAAAAGAAAAAGGAGGAAGAUAAAAAGAUAGCUGCCAAGAAGGUGUCGAAAAAAGAAGAGGUCAAGAUUGAAGAAAAGAGAGACGAGGUUGACAUCGAGGCUAAAAAGACCGAAUCAAAGGUUGAAGCCAAAAAAGUGGUCAAAAAAGAAGAAAUUAAAAAGGCUGAACAAGAAAAACAAGAAAUCGAAGAAGCAAAGAAGGUACUUGAAAAGAAAACUGCUAAAACAGAAGAAGAAAAGAAGGCUCUUCUUGAAAAAAUUGAAAGGAAAAAGGUUGAGACUGAAGAGACUAAAAUCGAUGGCAUUCCAAAACUCAAACCAGUCAAACCUAAAGAAGAACCCGUUGAAGAAAAGAAAGAAACUAAAAAGACUGAAAAAACGGAAGAAAAGAAAAAGGUUGUUAAAAAGAAGGUCGUUGCAAAGAAAGAAGAGGAUGAACUCGAGUUCGUCGAUGAUUACGAGCGACCAGUGCUGGAGAAAUAUGAAAAGAUUACACCCACGCCACUCGACAAAAAAACAAAGGACACACAUAAGCCAAAACGCGCAUCGGUAUCAGAAAGUGUUCGAAGUGAACAAGACAGCGAGGAAGAACCUUCUGUCGCUUCUUCAGUACCUGAGAAAAAACCUAAAGUGGAGCCUAAGGGAAAAGAUAAGGUCGAAGAAAAAACUGAGCCUCGACGGCUCAGUAUCAAGAAAGGACUUCCAAAACCAGAGGAACCUGUGGAUGAGUUAUCUAACGUCAAAUUGUCUAAGACACCAGUCAAACCCACGGAACAGACACCCGAAGAGCCACAAGUGGCAAAAACGAAAAAAGUUGCUAAGAAGCCGGAAGAGUCAGAAUUCGUGGACGACUACGAACGACCUGAUCUCGAGAAAUAUGAUAAGAUGACGCCUACUCCUACUGACAAAAACAAAAAGCAGAAUGGAGUUGAGGCUGCACCUGAAUUUGUGGACGAUUACGAACGUCCAGAGCUUGAAAAAUAUGAAAAAGUUACUCCUACACCUAAAGAGAAACGUCGUCUUAGUGAUACACAGGAUGAAACUGACAUGAUGAAGGGAAAAAUUAAACCCAAAGAGAAGGAACCGGAACCAGAAAUGCCAACUCUUAGAAAACGUCCUGUUACUAAGGAUAAGGAGGAAGAGAAAAAACCGGAAGACAAACCAAAGGCAAAAACGAUCAAAAAAGAUGAAAAAGAAUCUAAAAAACGGACCACUAAAGAAAAAGAGGUUGUCGAAGAGGAGUUUAUCGACGAUUACGAAAGGCCUGUUCUUGAGAAGUAUGAGAAAAUCACACCAACACCACUUGAGAAAAAGAAAAAGGAUGACAAAAAACCUGAAGAAGAAGUACCAUCAGCCACUGCCACUGCUAAACGCCGCUCCGUUAAGGAUAAAGACAAACCAGAGCCGAUGGACGUCGACGAAAGCGUCAAUCUGUCCAAACCAAAGGCUCCCGCCAAACCAGGACAACAACCUGAAGACGUUUCUCUUACACAUAAAACACCAGCUGAAAUUAAACCCACGGAAGACGAAGCUGAGGCUAAACUUAGUGUUAAGAAACCAGAGAUCGUCGAGAAUAAGACACUUAAGAGACCUUCACCUAAAGACAAGGGCACCAAGGGAGAGGACACUGAGGAGGCUGUUAGUCUCACAAAGCCUCGCACUAAGACCACUACUACUGCCCCUGAAGAAGCAUCCCUCACGCAAAAAACACCUGCCAAGAAAAAGCCUACGGAGGGAUCAGAAGCCGCUCAGCUCAAAGUCAAAAAACCAGCCGUUGUCAAGAAAGCAGAUGAUGAAGAAGAGACUCCUCUGACAGUACAAGAUGGUAAAUUCGAAAAGCCACAGCUAAAGAAAACUGUUGUUAAGAAGCCAACAGAUAAAGCUAAAAAAGCUGAAGCUGGAUCUAUCGAUACCGAUGAAGGGAUGGAACUUGAUUUUGUCGAUGACUAUGAAAGACCAGUUCUCGAAAAAUAUGAAAAGAUUACUCCUACGCCCACUGUUCGGGAGAAGAAAGAAAAGGAACAAAAGGUCACAAUGAUGGCUCAGCAAACCCAACGACUAGAAGUGAAGACGGAAAGCAGAAGAACAUCCAUUCAGAGUGAGGUUAAAGAAGAAGUUACAUCACAGAGCCGAAAGAGCUCAAUCAUUGAAAACCAAGCUGUUAAGCUCACAAAAGAAUCUGCUGAAAGUAGAAAGUCGUCGAUAUCGUCGGUGGCAGAACAACAACAAGUUGCCACACUGAAAAAAUCUGUUCAAAAGCCCACCAUUAAGGAACCAGAAAAAAGCGAACUUAAUGAAAUCAAACUUAAGGACGACACUAAGACAGUAGAGGAGAAGGUAACACCAGAAACUAUCAAUAAGCCUUCAGAAAAAUGGCGACCUACGAAAACUGACACGCAGGAACCCACAGAAGUUGUACAAACGAAAACAACUGACUCGAAAACAGGUCCGAAGGAUAAACCCACAGAAAGACGUCGUUCAAGUAAAACUUCUGAGGAAACGAAGGAAGUAACAGAAGUUACAGAAAAAUCCGAAACUAAAACUAAAGUGAAAGCGAAUAAACCGAAAGAAGCCAGCCCUUCCGCUAGGAGGCCAAGUGAAACAGAGGAAGCGAAGAAAGUAACAGAAGUUUCAGAAAAAUCUGAAACCAAAGCUAGACUGAGGGCGGAUAAACUUAAAGAACCUAGCCCUUCUGCUAGGCGGACAAGUGAAACAGAGGAAAUUAAAAAAGAAGAACAAAUGGAAAUAGAGCCAGAUAAACCGAAGGAACCAGAGACACCGUUAACGCCUAAACAAUCUCCUUUCCACUUGAGAAAGAAAUCAUACAUAGAGGAACCCGAGUUCGACUUUAAUGGACUUUCGGAAUCUUUGGACAAGGAACCCGAAUUAGUAAUAGAAGAAUCCAAACCCGAAAAAUUAGACAAACCAGUACAAUCACCAUUUAAUCCAUGGAAGAAAAAACCUUUCCAAGACGAAGAGGUUCCAACACUUGGCACUCCUGGUAAAGAAGAAGUACAAAAUGAAGUUCCAUUUUCAUGGAAUGUAAUACCAGAAAUACCACAGGCUGAACAGACGCCAGAGUUGGAAGAUAAAUAUAUACCAACACUAUUAGAAACUCCUGACACACGAAGAAGACCUUGGUCUCCACAGGCUGAUUGGAUAGUCGACGAGCCUAUAGCAGCCACACUUGAAAUACCACAACUUGCUUUUAGCAGCAGCCCAGGAACACCUGAGGAGAAAGUGGCUAUUAAAGAAGAGACUGUACAAGAAGAGGCAAAGAAGGCCAAGGUCUCAUCUGUCAAGAAGAAGGCAGAGGACCUUCCUGAGAUCGCUGACUAUGACAGACCCGAACUUGAGAAAUAUGAGAAAAUAUCCCCGACACCGACAACCAGAGACAAACCAGAAAAAGACAAGCCUAUUCCUAAAGUACCUGAAAUUAAGGCACCAGAUGAUAAGCUAGCUGCACCUAAGAUCGAAGUGAUUCGCGAGAAAUCUCCUAAACCCGAAAUGCCAAGGAAGCCUUCUCUGGCACCCGGGGCUCCCGUCGGAAGGCGAGGUUCUCUCAUUCCUCCUCCAGAGGAAAUGGGUAGACGACCUUCGCUUAUCAUCAGCGACGAGGUCACCAAAUUGCGUCCAGGAGAAGUUUUAGACGACAAAAAGAAACGCAGCAGGCCCGGUGAACUCGCGGAAGAGCGACGAAAAUCUGGAGACGCUAGAAGGCCAUCGGUGCAAGACCUGGAAGAUCUCAUUAACAAACCUUCUGUGCCAUUGAAACCAAUCGGAAAUGAAGGACCUCCGGUCAUUGUGGACGUCCAGGAGAGCUAUUCAGCUGUUGAGGAUCAAACUGGCUACCUCACAGUACAAGUGGAAGGCAACCCUCCACCCACAUUCAAAUUCUAUAAGGGUGUUACCGAAAUCAUUGAGGGUGGUCGCUUCAAGUUCAUCACUGAUGGAGAAACCGGACUCAUCACAUUGUGCAUGAGGAAGGUUAAGCCCAACGAUGAAGGCAAAUACAAGGUGGUAGUCAGCAACAUCCAUGGAGAAGAUUCAGCUGAAAUGCAACUUUAUGUAUCUGACUCCAGCGGCAUGGACUUCCGUGCUAUGCUCAAGAAGAGAAAGUAUGCCAAAUGGGGCGAAAAGAAAGAGGACCCAGACUGGGGUGAUCUCAAAGAAGUGGAUAAACCUAUCCCACCACUCAAAAAAGUGGAAAAGGGCUUAGAAACUGGAUAUUUCGAAGAAGACGGCUGCAUUGUGGUUGUGUCGGAGGGUGUCGAGCUUUGUAGAUUCCCAGUUGAUAAGCUCAGCUCUGGACACUGGUCCUGGAUUAAGGGUAUCUUUGAAAUACGGAGACGAAUGUCUCUCAGAGAAAUGAUACCUGAUUGGCCCGCUUUGAUGGAGACUGUCAAAGUUAAGAAACAAGAAUCGUUCUUGAAACCCCUCGUAGAUCAAUUUGCGAAGGAAGGCAAGGAUAAGAAGGUGGUCUUCGAAGCUAUCUUUACUAAGCCUAAUUCCAAGCCGAAAUGGUACUUCCGUAAGGAUGAAUUGUUCCCGGGAUCCAAGUAUAAGAUGACAAAUGAGCAGGAUUCCUACAAACUAAUUAUCAUGAAUCCGAAGGUAGAAGAUACCGGCAAAAUUACCAUUGAAAUAGGCGGAAUCACGUGUACUGCGUUCUUGCAAGUUGACGAACCAGACCCCACAUACACCUUCACCAAACCAUUAAAGAAGACCACAAGUGGUUACACUAAACACGAAGUCGUCUUGGAGUGCGUUGUCUCCAACAGCCUCGCUAUUGUCUCCUGGUGGAAGGGAGAUCAGAAGAUCGAAGAUGGCGAUGAGUUCCAGAUCUCCAAAGAUCUGUCUGGAGUAUGCAGGCUCUGCAUCAAGAGUGCCAAGAUGGAAGAUGCUGGCAAAUACUCUUGCAGAAUCGAAAAGCAGCCUGAUAAAACGGAGACUGAUGUUAAGAUUGUAGAAUACCCAUACAAGUUUACUAAGGUGCUGAAAUCGCAGCAGGCGAUUGAAAAGGACACCAUUACGUUACUUUGCGAGCUGGACGACGCUGGUGGUGAUGUUCAAUGGUUCAAGAACGGUGAACCGUUGAAGACAGACAAACGCGUGACUGUAGUGAAGGAGGGUCGCAAGCGUAAGGUCAUCAUCAAGGACGCCAAGGUGACUGACGCUGGCAACUUCAAGUGUACCACCAACGCCGACGAGACUGCGUGCGAGUUGAUCGUCAAUUACUCGAAUCGCUUCAAUAAGAAGUUGAAGGACACAGAAGCAAUUGAGAGGGAUAAGGUUGUACUGGAGGUGGAACUCCAGGAUCAGACUGCCGAAGCAGUCUGGUCGUUCAACGGACAACCUAUUGUGCCUAAUGACAGAAUCGAGAUCAAGAACCUCGGUGGUGGUAAGCACCAGCUGAUCUUCAACAAGCUGGAGAUGGAAGACGAUGGUGAGAUCCUGUGCGAAUCUGGCAAGCUCAGCUCGUCUUGCAAGCUGACCGUCAAGAAGGGAGAGUCCAAGCCUGCCAUCGAGUGUCCCGAGGAAUUCUUCGGGCCAGCUGGACAGCCGUUUGUCAUUGAGGUGCCUUAUAAAGUUACUGGCACCCGACAGACGCCAAUCGAAGCUAAACUAUGGAAGGACGGUAAAGCCUUGCCAGUGAAAGAAGUCGAGGCAGUGGUCGAGCAGGAGAAGGUCCUGUUCAAGAUCAAGAAGCCGACCAGAGAAGGAUCUGGAAAAUACCAGAUCAAACUGUCCAACGCCCAGGGCGAGGAUGCUAAGGAUGUUACGAUCACCAUGCAGAGUGUACCGACGCCCCCGCAAGACGUUAAUGUUGCCGAGGUCUUCCAGACUUCUUGUGUGGUCACGUGGAAGGCGCCGCAGGACGAUGGUGGAUCCCCGUUGGUCAAAUACGUCAUUGAGAGACAGGAUCUGUCACUAAAGGCUGGUUGGGACAAUGUGGGUGAGGUGGCCCAUGGUCAACCGCUCAAGUACAAAGUCGAGGACCUUAUUGCCAAGAAGACCUAUAAGUUCAGGAUCCGGGCCGUCAACAAGAUCGGCUCCAGUGAGCCUGGAUUAUUUGCCAAACCUGUGCUUGCUAAGGAUCCUUGGGAUGAACCAUCGAAGCCCAAGAACGUUGAAUUAUCUGACUGGGACAAGGACCACGCUGAUCUCAAAUGGCAGAAGCCUGACAACGACGGCGGAGCUCCCAUCACCGGCUACGUUAUUGAGUACAAGGAGAAGUUCGGCAAAGACUGGGUGACCGGCAAGGAGGUGCCCGGCGACUGUUUGGCUGCCACCCAGGACGGUCUGAAGGAAGGCUGCACCUAUGAGUUCAGGGUGCGAGCCAUCAACAAGGCUGGUCCUGGCGAGCCCAGUGACAGCACUAAGCCUAUUGUAGCUAAGUGCAGAUUCGUCAAGCCAUACAUCAUCGGCGAGGGUCUGCAGAACAUGAUCAUCAAGAAGGGCCAGGUCAUCGCCUUCGACAUCAAGUAUGGUGGCGAGCCUGAACCUGAAGUCAAAUGGAUGAAGGGAGAAGAGAAACGUGGCAAGCCGUACACGGAAAAGGAGAUUCACGACGACGGCGAUCGCAUUACCAUCGACAAAUACGAGAGGAACACAGUGUUGACCGUCAGAAAGACCACGAGACCUGACAGUGGGAAGUACAAGCUCGUGCUUACCAACUCGUCGGGCACUUGCGAGAGUAUUGCUGACGUUGUUGUGCUAGAUAAACCCAAUAGACCAAAUGGACCAAUCGAAGUCGUGGACAUACGCGCAGAAAAAGCCACUGUCAAAUGGAAGAAACCAGACGAAUGGCAGGGAUCGGAUAUCACUGGAUACACGCUGGAAAAAAUGGACAUGGACACUGGCAACUGGGUGCCAUGUGGUGAAACUGGACCAGAACCAACAGAGUUCCAAGUCAAGGGCCUAACGCCGAACCACAAGUACAAGUUCAGGGUUCGCGCAGUCAACAAGGAGGGCGAAUCUGAACCUUUGGAGACUGAUAGCUUCAUCGUUGCUAAGAACCCAUACGAUCCGCCAAAGGCGCCCAGCAAGCCAGUUAUAAUAGACUACGACAACAUGUCUGCAACAUUGAAAUGGGAAGCGCCGUCAGACAACGGAGGGCGACCCAUCCUGGGAUACGUCGUCGAAAUGAAGGACAAGUUCACCGCUGAUUGGAUCGAGGUGGUGAAAACCGAGGACACAAAGACAGAAUACAAGGUCGAAGGCCUAAAAGAGAAAAUGAUUUACCAGUUCCGAGUGAAGGCUUACAACAAAGCUGGUGUUGGUGAUGCUUCACCGCCCACUGACAAUCAUCUGUGCAAGCACAAGAACUUGAAGCCUCAUAUUGAGCGCAGCACGUUCAAGUCGGUGAUCAUCAAAGCGGGCCGCACUCACAAGUGGUCUGUGGACGUCACUGGUGAACCAGCACCCGAGUGCUCGUGGUCAUGGCGCGAAAACAUAAAGUUGGUAAACACUGAGCGCAUCAAAAUAGAAAAUGUGGAUUACCACACAGACUUUACCAUAGUGAAUGCGGUCAGACGAGACACCGGCAAGUACAAACUGCGAGCGGAGAACUGCAAUGGAUUUGACGAGGAGAUUGUUGAGCUCACUGUACUUAGCAAACCCUCUUCGCCUAAAGGUCCGUUGGAAGUGUCUGACGUGCACGCGGAAGGCUGCAAGGUUCGAUGGGAGAAACCUGAAGAUGACGGCGGGUCUCCCGUCAAGGAGUACGAGGUGGAGAAGAUGGACAUGGCCACUGGCAAAUGGGUGCGCGUCGGAAGGGUCGCUGGAGACAAGAAGCCCCUAGAAAUGGAUGUUACUGGUCUGGAACCAGGCCACCAGUACAAGUUCCGAGUGACAGCUUGUAAUGAUGAGGGUGAUUCCGAACCGUUGGAAACUGAACGAGCGACACUCGCCAAGAAUCCUUUCGACAUAUCGGACAAGCCCGCAAACGUCCAAGUGGCGGACCACGACAACCAAAGCGCGGAGAUCAAGUGGGACCCGCCGAAGUCCGACGGUGGCGCCCCCGUGCAGAAGUACAUUAUACAGAAGAAGCCCAAGGGCGGUGAUUGGGAAAACGCUGGCGAGGUACCAGGCACGCAGACUUCGGCGAAGGUGGACGGUUUGCCCGAAGGCAGCGAGUACCAGUUCCGGGUGAUCGCUGUCAACAAGGCGGGGCAGUCGGAGCCUUCGGACCCCACCAAGAUGACCAUGAUCAGGCACAAGGCCCUGAAACCCCGCAUCGACCGUACGAACCUGAAGGCGGUGGCGGUUCGCGCGGGAAAACCUAUCUUCUUCGACGUCAACGUCAAGGGUGAACCUGCACCUACUGUGCAGUGGUUCCAGAAGUGGAAGGGAGAGGAGAAGGAGGUCAAAGAGAAUGUCAUCAACGUAGAUUACAACACGAAACUGGACAUCAAGGAAGCGGUUCGCGCCAUGACGGGCACGUACCGGAUCCUGGCCACCAACCAGCACGGCUCCGACGAGGCUGACGUGGAGCUCACUGUGCUGUCCGCCCCGGGCAAGCCUGGUGGGCCACUCAAGGUCACGGACGUGACUAAAUCUGGCUGCAAGCUGGCCUGGAAGAAGCCUGAAGAUGACGGGGGCAAACCCGUCACAGGCUACGUGGUUGAGAAACUCAACAAGGCUACCGGCAGAUGGGUGCCAGUUGGCAAGACCGAUGACACUGAAAUGGAGAUCAAGGGAUUGCAAGAAGGAGAAGAAUAUGAAUUCCGAGUCAGGGCUGUCAAUGAAGAGGGAGAAUCGGAGCCUUUGAAGACUGACCACUCCAUCAUCGCCAAGAAUCCUUAUGACGUCCCCGGCAAGCCCUCGGUGCCCACCAUCGAGGACUGGGACGUGGACCGCGUGGACCUCAAGUGGGAGGCGCCCAAGAACACCGGCGGAGCUCCCAUCACCGGCUACGUCAUUGAGAAGAAGGAGAAGUUCGGCUCCUGGCAGGAGGCGCUGGUUACCGACACGCCAAAAUGCGAAGCCCGUGUACCGGACCUGAAGGAAGGCAACACAUACCAGUUCAGAGUCCGGGCCGUGAACAAAGCCGGUCCCGGAGAACCGGGAGACGCCACACAACCACACGUGGCCAAGGCUAGAUUCUUGAAACCCUGGAUCAACCGAGACAAGAUGCACGCCAUCCGCAUUCGCGCGGGUCAGACCGUCAAACUUGACGUCGACAUCAAGGGUGAACCCCCACCAACCAAGACCUGGACCUUCGCCAAGAAGGUGUUGGAGAAUGGACCUGGCGUCAAACUGGACAACGAGGAUUAUAACACUAAACUACAGAUCUUCGAGGCCACUUGGCAGAACACUGGUGUUUAUACCCUGAAGGCUGAGAAUGACUCUGGAGUGGAUGAGGCUACAGUCGAAGUUACGGUUUUGGAUAAACCCGGCAAGCCAGAAGGCCCACUAGAAGUCUCUGACGUACACGCAGACCACGUUAAACUCAAGUGGAACAAGCCCAAACACACCGGCGGACUUCCGCUCAGCGCCUAUGUGCUGGAGAAGAUGGAUACCUUGACCGGGAAGUGGGUGCCGGCGGGCACUGUCGACCCGGACAAGACUGAGGCUACUGUUACUGGUUUGGAACAAGGCCACACCUACCAGUUCCGCGUGAAAGCUCUGAACGAAGAAGGUGAAUCGGAACCCUUGGAUACCGACCACGGAACCCUAGCCAAGAACCCAUAUGAUGUACCCUGUCCCCCGGGUCUGCCCGAUAUCGUGGACUGGGACGAGAAGAGCGCUAAACUUAAAUGGGAGCCCCCUAUUAGGGAUAACGGAGCGCCGAUCACGGGAUACGUCAUUGAAGUCAUGGACAGGGAUAGAGGAGAAUUUGUCAAGGCUGCGGAAAUCCAAGGCAACGUCUGCCAAGGCACAGUGCCUAAACUGGAAGAAGGCAACCAAUACCAGUUCAGGGUACGCGCUCUCAACAAAGCGGGCCAAUCGGAGCCUUCGGAGAAUACCAACUGGCACACAGCUAAGCCCAGAUUCUUGAAACCAAGAAUCGACCGCACUAACCUGAAGCCAGUGACAGUGAAGGCUGGUCUGCCGGUUUCCCUGGACGUCAAGGUGUUCGGAGAGCCCCCAGCCACCGUCACCUGGCACUUCAAGGGCGAAGAGCUAAAGAACGGUGAAAACUUAGAGAUCGUCAACGUAGACUACAAUACAAAGUUCCUGAUGACGAAGAGCAAGCGCGCCAACACUGGCGUCUACAUCAUCAAGGCCAAGAACGAAGUCGGUGAAGACGAAGCUGAGGUCGAGAUCACUAUACUUGGCAAACCAUCGAAGCCUAAGGGACCUCUGGACGUAUCUGAUGUGACCAAGAACGGUUGUACGUUGACCUGGAAGAAACCAGAAGACGAUGGUGGCUCGCCAAUUGAAUAUUAUGAGAUUGAGAAGCUGGACCCAUUGACUGGUCAAUGGAUCCCAUGCGGCACAGCCAAGGACUGCAAAGCCAACAUCACCGGUCUGUCCGAAGGCAAGCCCUACAAGUUCCGGGUGAAGGCCGUCAAUAAGGAGGGAGAAUCCGAGGAAUUGGAGACUGAGAAACCGAUCAUCGCUAAGAAUCCAUUCGAUGAGCCCGGAAAGCCUGGACGUCCAGAGCCCAGGAACUGGGACAAGGACUUCGUGGAGUUGGAGUGGUCUCCGCCCAAAGAAGACGGCGGCGCUCCCAUCACUGGAUACAUUAUCCAGAAGAGGGAGAAGGGAGGACGGUCCUGGCAAGACUGCCUGCGCACCACCGGGGACAGGCCCACGGGUCGCGUGACCGACGUGGAGGAGGGACACGAGUACGAGUUCCGAGUGAUGGCCGUCAACAAGGCGGGGCCGGGAGAACCCUCCGACCCCAGCAAGUCUGUCAUCGCCAAGCCCAGAUUCUUGGCUCCGAAGAUCGACCGCAAGAACUUGCAGACACGCAAGAUCAAAGUGGGCCAGCCUCUCAAGAUGGAGGCCGACGUCAAGGGUGAACCGGAGCCUACUAUCACUUGGACAUUCAAUGGCAGUGCUCUCAAGACUGAGGAGCGUCUCAAGAUAGAAAACAAGGACUACCACACGUCGUUCGCCCUCCAGAAGCUGACGCGAGCUGACAGCGGCAGGUACACCGUGACCGCUAACAAUGACUCCGGCACUGACACUGUGGACGUCGAGGUGCAAGUCGUCAGCAAGCCGGCUAAGCCUAAGGGACCUCUGAAGGUGUCGGACGUAAAAGCCGACGGUUGCAAGCUCAAAUGGGAACCACCGGAAGACGAUGGUGGCGAACCAAUUGAGAAUUACGUCGUCGAACGUAUGGACACCGAGUCCGGGAGAUGGGUGCCGGUUUGCACGACCAAAACGCCCGAGGCUGACGUCACGGGGUUGAAUGAAGGAAAGGAUUAUAUGUUCAGAGUGAAGGCUGUCAACCCUGAGGGGGAGAGUGAGCCGCUGGUGACUGAGAGUGCUACAACAGCCAAGAAUCCUUACGGUGAGCCCGACUCCCCCGGCAAGCCGGAGCUGAAGGACUGGAGCAAGGACCACGUGGACCUGAAGUGGGAGAAGCCCGCCAACGACGGUGGCGCCCCCAUCACUGCCUACAUCGUGGAGAAGAAGGACAGAGAUACCGGCAAAUGGGUCAAGGCUGCUGAGGUGCCCGGAAAUAAGACGGAAGCUAAAGUGCCAGAUCUGAUCGAAGGCAAGACGUACCAGUUCCGGGUGAAGGCGGUGAACAAGGCCGGCCCCGGCAAACCCUCUGCCCCCAGCGACAAUUUACUUGCCAAGGACAGAUUCGCGGCACCAAAGAUCGACCGCACGAACAUGCGCGACAUCACAAUCAAGGCGGGCCAGCACAUCAGGCUGGACGUCAAGGUGUCCGGAGAACCGCCGCCGACCAAGACUUGGUUCCACAACAAGGAAAGGCUGUCGACCCGCGACGACCUGACCGUAGACGCAGAGGACUACAAGAUCAAAUUGUCCGUGGUCAUCGCUGCGAGGAAACACAGCGGCACUUAUGUAUUGAAGGCCGAGAACAGCAGUGGCAGGGACGAAGCCAGCAUCAACGUUAUUGUGCUGGAUGUCCCCGCCAAACCUGAGGGACCUCUAAAGAUCUCGGACGUGCACAAAGAGGGUUGCACACUCAAAUGGAACCCACCAGUUGACGACGGCGGCGCCCCCAUCGACCACUACCUCGUGGAGAAACUCGACACUGAGACUGGAAGAUGGAUGCCAGCCAUGAAGACUAAAGACCCUAAGGCCGAGAUCGAGAACCUAGUGCCUGGACACGAGUACAAGUUCAGGGUGUCUGCAGUCAAUAAUGAGGGGCAAUCUGAACCCCUCGAAGCUGACCACUCCAUUAUUGCUAAGAAUCCAUUCGACGAGCCCGGUAAAUGCGGCACGCCGGAAGUGGUGGACUGGGACCGCGACCACGUGGACCUCAAGUGGCAGAAGCCCAUCAAAGAUGGCGGCGCUCCCAUCACUGGGUACAUCAUCGAGAAGAGAGAGGUCGGCUCGCCCAAAUGGGUGAAGGCUUGUGAGGUCGGACCGAACGACAACGAGAAAGCAACUGUACCCAACUUGGACGAAGGCACGGAAUACGAGUUCCGAGUGAAGGCCGUCAAUGAAGCCGGGCCCGGGGAACCCUCGGACGCCAGCAAGUCGGUCGUCUGCAAGCCCAGGAGACUGGCGCCCAAGAUCGACCGACGCAACUUGCGCACGAUCAAGGUGCACGAAGGCGAGCCCAUCGCGCUGGACGUGAAGGUGUCCGGGGAGCCCGCGCCGGACGUGUCCUGGACUCUCAACGGGAAGUCCGUCACCAGCGGGAAUGGACUUAAACUGGUGGAGAUUCCUUACCUGAGCAAGUACCAGCACUCCAACCCGCGCAGGAAGGACUCUGGCACAUACAAGAUCCAAGCUGUCAACAAGUACGGACAGGACACCGCCGAGUUAGAGAUCAUCGUCACUUCGAAACCAGAGAAGCCAGAGGGUCCACUAGAAGUGUCGGACAUUCACAAAGAUGGCUGCACGCUCAAAUGGAAGCGGCCGAAGGACGACGGCGGUGAACCUAUUGAAGCCUAUCUGGUGGAGAAGUACGACACCGAGACUGGGAACUGGGUGCCCGUGGGCAAGACCCUGGGCAACGUGCCCGAGAUGGAGGUCGACGGUCUGAUCCCCGGCCACGAGUACAAGUUCCGCGUGAAGGCGCUUAACAAGGAGGGUGAAUCUGAACCUCUGGAGACCUUCGGCGCUAUCGUCGCCAAGGAUCCGUUCACCGUGCCCGAAGCGCCUUCGGCCCCAGUCCCGGACGACUGGUCGGCGACUCACGUGGACCUCAAGUGGGAGCCGCCGCUGUCCGACGGCGGCUCGCCCAUCAUCGGCUACAUCGUGGAGAAGAAGGAUAAAUACAGCCCGCUGUGGGAGAAGGCUGUGGAAACUCACACGCCCACACCCAAUGCUACUGUCAAUGGUCUGAUCGAAGGCAACGAGUACCAGUUCCGCGUGAUCGCCAUCAACAAGGCGGGCCAGAGUAAACCAUCUGAGGCCAGCAAGAACUUCAUUGCCAAGCCUCGUUUCCUGGCUCCGAAGAUCGACAGGAGACACCUGCGUGACGUCACCAUUUCAGCUGGAUCCACCCUCAAGUUGGAGGCGGCUAUCACUGGAGAACCAGCGCCGGCGGUAGACUGGAGAUUCCAGAACGUACCACUCCGACCAUCCAAAGCUGUCACCAUUGACAGUCCGGACUACUUCACCAAAGUGGUGGUGAGACCUGUCAAGCGCGACGACUCAGGAGAGUACACCGUCAUCGCUGUCAACUCGAGCGGCAAGGACACUGUCACCAUCAAUGUGCUGGUCACUGACAAGCCUCUCAAACCUGAGGGACCAUUGCAGAUUUCGGAUGUGCACAAAGAGGGCGCCACGCUGAAGUGGAAGCGGCCGAAGGACGACGGCGGCGCCCCCAUCGAGUACUACCAGGUGGACAAGCUGGACACCGCCUCCGGCUGCUGGGUGCCGUGCGCCAGGUCCGACGAGCCCAAGUGUGACGUCACCGGUCUGACGCCCGGCAAAGAGUACCGCUUCAGAGUGUCCGCGGUGAACUCCGAGGGCGAGUCGGAGCCGCUCACGUCCGAACAGAGCAUUGUCGCUAAGAAUCCCUUCGACGAACCUGGUGCGCCAGGUACACCAAGCGUGACGGACUGGGACAAGGACCACGUGGACCUAAAGUGGGCCCCGCCGACCAACGACGGUGGCGCCCCCAUCGAGGGCUACAUCGUGGAGAAGAAGGACAAGUUCGGCAACUGGGAGAAGGCUCUGGAAGUGCCCGCGGAUAAGACCACAUGCACUGUACCCGAUUUGGUUGAAGGACAGACUUAUGAGUUUAGGGUACGCGCUGUAAACAAAGCGGGUCCCGGUGAGCCCAGCGACAGCACUCACCCGAUCGUGGCCAAACCCAGGAACUUGGCGCCGAAGAUCGACCGCACCAACCUCAUCGACAUCAAGAUCAAAGUGGGACAGAAGUUCGGCUUCGACGUCAAGGUGACUGGCGAGCCGAUGCCUGAAACGAAAUGGUUCCUCGCCAAGAAGGAGGUGAAGUCGGGAGGCGAGCUGAAAGUGCAGCAUUCUGAUUACAACACGAAGCUGAACUGCAAGGCGGCCACCAGAGCUGACAGCGGCCGCUACACCGUCACCGCUGAGAAUGCUAACGGCAAGGAUGUGGCCGACGUGGAGGUCAUUGUGCUCAGUGUGCCGAGUCCGCCCGGAGGACCACUCAAGGUGUCUGAUGUACACGCACACGGAGCCAAGUUGUCCUGGAAUCCGCCCGCAGACAACGGAGGCCAGCCCAUCGAGAAAUACGUCGUGGAGCGCAUGGACGAGGCCACGGGCAGAUGGGUGACCGCAGGCGAGACGGCGGGGCCCGAGACCAGCCUGGCCGUGGACGGGCUGCAGCCUGGACACAAGUAUAAGUUCAGGGUUAGGGCUGUUAACAGACAAGGGAAAUCUGAGCCCCUCACCACUCCCCACUCGACCGAAGCCAAGAACCCGUUCGACGUGGCCGGCAAGCCCGGGACGCCCAGGGUCCGGGACUUCGACCGGGACUUCGUGGAGCUGGAGUGGGGCAGGCCCGACAGCGACGGCGGCGCCCCCAUCACGGGCUACGUCAUCGAGAAGAAGGAUCGGUUCUCACCCGAUUGGGAGGAGUGUGCUAAGAUCGAAGGCGACGUAACGUCGGGCAAAGUGGCGGACCUGAUCGAAGGCAACACGUACGAGUUCCGAGUCCGCGCCGUGAACAAGGCCGGCGCCGGCGCAGCCAGCGACGCCGCCGCGCCUCAUCUGGCCCGCGCCAAGAACCUGGCCCCGCACAUCGACAGGAACUUCAUGUUUAAUAUCAAGGUCAAGGCUGGCCAGAACUUCGAACUGGACGUCCCAGUCGCCGGCGAACCUACGCCAUCAAAAGAAUGGACCCACGGGGACAACAUCGUCAUCAACACUGACAGGGUCAAAAUCACAAAUGACGCUCACACCACCAAAUUCCGCGUCAUUGACGCCAAACGUGCCGACGCAGGAUCUUAUACCCUUAAGGCUAAAAACCAUAAUGGAACUGAUACAGCUACCAUCAAGGUCGUCGUCCUCGAUGUACCACUACCACCAGAAGGACCACUCAGAGCUGACGAUAUCACUAAGUCAGGCUGCACCUUACGAUGGAAACCACCUAAAGAUGACGGCGGAAGCGAAAUCACGCAUUAUGUUGUUGAGAAAAUGGACCAAGAAAAUAUGCGAUGGAUCCCAGCGGGUGAAGUCCAAGCGUGCAGCAUCAGAAUCGACCAUCUUAUCGAAGGCCAUGAUUACAACUUCAGGGUCCGUGCUGUCAACAAACAGGGUGAAUCUCAACCGCUACUUGGUCACGAACCCGUCACAGCCAAAGAUCCCUACGGAACCCCUGACAAACCUGGAACACCUGUGGUUAAAGACUGGGACAAAGAUCACAUGGAUUUGGAAUGGGUCCCGCCCAAGAAGGAUGGCGGAUCUCCGAUCACUGGAUACAUUGUUGAAGCGAAGAAACGCUACGGACCAUGGGAAGUCGCCGCUACAGUCCCAGGAAACCAGACUACCGCAACUGUGCCUGGCUUGACUGAAGGAGAAGAAUAUGAAUUCAGAAUCAUAGCAGUCAAUAAGGCUGGAAAUGGUGAGCCUAGCGACGCAUCUACGCCUCAAGUCGCUAAGGCCAGAUUCUGUGCGCCGCACUUUGACAAAAUGCUACUGGCUGACAAGACAGUCAAGGCCGGUCAAAGGAUACAGUAUGAGAUACCUAUUGAGGCCGCGCCGAAGCCAACAGUCGAAUGGCAGAUCAACGGAAAGGUCGUUCAUCCCAACGACCAUAUCGACAUCCAAGUUUUACACAACAGGGUCAUUCUAGACAUUCCAUUCUCUGUCAGAGCUGACGGAGGCGUUUACAAGUUGACCCUUAAGAACGACCUUGGAGUUUGCUCUGGAACUGCCCAAGUGACUGUCUUAGAUAAACCUUCAAGGCCAGAAAAACCUUUGGUUGUAUCAGACGUUACAAAGGACUCAUGUUCGCUAUCAUGGAGGAUACCUUUGGACGAUGGUGGUUCACCAAUCUUGCACUACGUCAUCGAAAAGAUGGACUUAUCUCGCGGUACUUGGUCCGACGCUGGCAUGAGCACUUUCCUAUCUCACCAAGUAACAAGACUUAUUCACAUGAAGGAAUAUCUAUUCAGAGUAAGCGCUGUGAACGCUAUCGGUCAAUCGGAACCGUUAGAAUUAGACCGCGCGAUAGUCGCUAAGAACGAAUUCGAUGAACCAUCAUCUCCCGGCAAACCUGAGGCUACCGAUUGGUCUAAAGACCAUGUGGACUUACAAUGGACUACACCUAAAUCGGAUGGUGGAUCGCCAAUCACUGGAUACAUCAUUCAAAAGAAGGAGAAAGGAAGCCCAUACUGGGUUAAUGCAGUCCAUGUACCAGCCAAUAAGAACAAGGCUACAGUACCUGAUUUGAUUGAAGGUCAAGAUUACGAAUUCAGAGUCAUUGCCGUGAACAAAGCUGGCCAAUCAGAGCCCAGUGAGCCUUCAGACAUCAUCACAGCUAAGGACAGAUUUGUGGCGCCAAAGAUCAUUACGCCGCUCAAAGAAGUUCGCAUCAAGGCUGGUCUUAUCUUCCACUUGGAUGUGGACUUUAUUGGAGAGCCUACUCCUGAGGUUACCUGGACUUGUGACAACAAACCAGUAUUAUCUAAUGAGAGGACAACAGUUACUUCUGUUGGUCACCACACGAUUAUCCAUACUGUUAACUGCAAGCGAUCGGAUGCAGGCAAAUAUCAUCUAUCUUUGAAGAACGAUUCUGGAUCAGACGAGGGCAGUUUCGACCUUAUUGUUUUGGAUGUGCCUGGAAGACCAGAGCCUCCAUUCGAAUACGAGGAAAUCACUGCUCAAUCUGUCACUUUGUCUUGGAAACCACCUAAAGAUAAUGGUGGCAGCGAACUUACAGCUUAUGUUAUCGAGAAGAGAGAUCUCACCCACGGCGGUGGAUGGGUGCCGGCGGUUACAUACAUCAACCCGAAGUACAACCAUGCAACAGUUCCAAGACUCCAAGAAGGAACUAAGUAUGAGUUCAGAGUAUUUGCUGAAAACUUGCAAGGGCGAUCAGAACCGUUGGUCACAGACACAGCAGUUGUCGCUAAGAAUCAAUAUACGACACCUGGUAAGCCCGGCAAACCUGAGUUGGUUUCCGCUGACAAAGACCAUAUUAAAGUCAGAUGGUCUCCGCCAAUUUCCAACGGAGGAUCCAACAUUCUGGGUUACGACGUUGAAAGACGCGAUAAGGCUACUGGCCGCUGGAUCAAAUUGAACAAGGAUCCAGUCAGAACAAAUGAUUACGAAGACGAUCGAGUCCAAGAGGGACAUCAAUACGAAUAUAGAGUAUCUGCAGUCAACGCUGCUGGACCUGGUCAACCUUCGGACCCAUCAAAUAUCCUCACUGCCAAGCCUAUGAAGGAAAAACCAAAGUUACAUCUGGACCAUCUUAUCGGCCGCAAGGUUAAAGUUCGCGCUGGCGAACCAAUCAACAUUAACAUUCCAAUUUCCGGUGCUCCGACACCUACUAUCUCCUGGACCAAGGGAUCAAUUCCACUUGUACCAUCGCACAGGCUUUCCACAGAAACAAAGAACGAUGAGACUAAGUUCUCCAUUGAAAAGUCAACAAGAGACGACGCUGGUAAAUACACGAUCACAGCCAGCAAUGAACAUGGCAAAGAUUCCGCUGACAUUGAGGUUAUCGUUGUCGACAAACCAGGAGUGCCUAAAGGACCUCUCAUUUGCACUCCAGUCACACAUGAUUCUAUCAGUCUCACAUGGAACCCACCGACAGACGAUGGUGGUAGUGAGAUCACUGGAUACGUCGUGGAAGUGGCAGAGUUUGGUGUCAACGACUGGCGAACAGUUGCAGGUUUCUGUCCGAAAUGCUCGUUCACUGUCAAGAAUUUGACUGAAGGCAAGAAGUAUCUGUUCAGAGUACGCGCCGAGAACUUGUAUGGCGUUUCAGAUCCAUUGGAAAGCAAACCUGUCAUUGCGAAGUCUCCAUUCGACCCGCCAGAUGCGCCAGACACGCCUAAGAUCACCGGAUACAGUUCCAACAGCUGUUCUCUAGAAUGGCAGCCACCAGCAAAUUGCGGAGGAAAGCCCAUCACUGGAUAUUACGUGGAAAAGAGAGAACGCGGAGGCGAUUGGGUCAAGGUCAAUAACUACCCUACACCUAACACAUGCUAUACAGUUUCUGACUUACGCGAAGGGAACCGUUACGAAUUCCGUGUCAUCGCUGUCAAUGAGGCUGGCCCUGGUAAACCUAGCAAACCUACAGAGCCAAUCACAGCACAGACUCAACGACUUAAACCCAGCGCUCCAGAAGCACCUAAACCUGAUAGAGUUACCAAAGACUCUGUCACAUUAUCAUGGAGACCUCCAAAGAGCGAUGGCGGAGCUAAGAUCAAGGGCUACAUAAUCCAACAGAAGGGCAAAGGCGACAAAGACUGGAAGGACGUCAACGACGUACCUAUCCCAAGCCUCGUCCACACCAUUCCCAAGCUUAAGGAGGGCGAAGAAUACCAAUUCCGGGUCAUUGCUGUCAACGACGUCGGCCGAUCAGACCCGAGCAAGCCUACUUCGGAUAUCACUAUCGCUGAACAGCCUAACAAGCCUUGUAUGGAUCUCAGUGGCGUCAGGGACAUUACCGUCCGUGCUGGAGAAGACUUCUCCAUUCACGUGCCUUACACUGGCUUCCCACAACCGACCGCGUCUUGGUUCGCUGAGGAUAACCCUCUAGACGUCGACGGCGAUUCAAGAAUGACACAAAAGAUCACACCAGAAUCUGCAUCGCUUGUCGUCAAGAACGCUAAACGCUCUGACGGUGGCCAAUAUAGACUGCAACUGCGUAAUCCUUCAGGUUACGACACGGCGACUAUUAACGUACGUGUCCUCGACAGACCUGGCAAACCAGAGAACCUGCGCGCUGACGAGUUCGAAGGCGAAGCCCUCACGUUAUACUGGAACCCACCAAAGGACAACGGUGGUGGAGAAAUUACCAACUAUGUUGUUGAGAAACGUGAGGCGCGUACGCCUAACUGGACUAAGGUCUCCGGUUAUGUUACUACUCCGUUCUUACGCGUGAAGAAUCUGAACGUAGGAAGGGAUUACGAAUUCAGGGUUAUGGCUGAGAACCAAUACGGUCAGUCUGAUCCUGUGCAAACUACUGAGCCAAUUAAGGCUAGGCAUCCAUUCGACCCGCCCGGCGCUCCUGGAGCUCCAAGGUCUGUGGAGACGACCGAGUCGAGUAUCACCAUUACCUGGACCAAACCAAGACACGAUGGUGGAUCACCCAUCACUGGCUACGUUGUUGAAAAGAGGCUGAUCACUGAAGAUAAAUGGACCAAGGCGUCGCAUGCGCACAUACCCGAUACUACUUACAAGGUGACAGGUCUAAUCGAAAACCACGAAUACGAGUUCCGCGUAGCCGCCAUCAAUGCAGCAGGUCAAGGACCCUACUCCCAAUCAUCUGAUGCCAUCAGGGCUUGUGCGCCUCCCAACUGCCCCAGAAUCACCAGCGACCUUAGUCUUAGGGACAUAACCGUCAUUGCUGGAGAGGAGAUCAAGAUUACUGUGCCUUUCACUGGAAACCCAAGACCUAAAGUAUCCUGGAUGGUGAAUAAUGAGGAUGUGUCCCCCGACGCGCGCAUCCGCUUCGUGACGUCAGAUGUUGACACAGUCUUCCUCAACUCCUGCGCAAAGAGAUCCGACACUGGCUCCUAUACUAUUCAGCUGGUCAACAGCGAAGGCUCUGACAGCGCUACUUGCAGGGUGCUGGUAGUAGAUAAGCCAUCUCCACCAGUCGGUCCACUGGACGCCUACGACAUCACUCCCGACACCUGCACGCUAUCGUGGCGGCCGCCGCUAGAUGACGGCGGUUCGCCCAUCACCAACUACGUCGUGGAGAAGAUGGACGGCAGCGGAGUGUGGAGCAAGAUAUCCUCCUUCGUCAGGAACUGCCACUAUAACGUGAUGGGAUUGGAGCCUAAUAGGAAGUACACCUUUAGAGUCAGAGCGGAGAACCAGUAUGGAGUGUCUGAUCCGUUGACUAUGGAUGAUUCCAUCACUGCCAAAUUCCCCUUCACGAUUCCGGACCCGCCCGGCAUGCCCCGCGUCACGGAAUGGGACGGAUCCACAGCCACCGUGGUGUGGGACAGACCUAGGUCCGACGGCGGCGCCAGGAUACAAGGCUACAAGCUCGAGUUCAGAGACGUACAGGAUGGAAUAUGGAACAGUGCUGACUAUCUCGUCAAGGACUGUAACUACCAGGCAUACAACCUGGAGCCAGGUCACGAGUACGAGUUCCGCGUGCGUGCGAAGAAUGCCGCGGGAUGGAGCAAGUACUCCGCUUCGUCAUCCAGGUUCAAGGUCAAGCCCAGGUGUGGACCUCCCAACGCGCCACGAGCACCAAGAGUCGCCCGAGUUGGCAGAAACUAUGUUGAUCUUAGCUGGGACCCGCCAUCUAGCGAUGGAGGUUCCCGCGUGACCGGCUACAUAAUCGAGCGUCGCGACGUCGGCGGCUCCGUCUGGGUGAAGUGUAACGACUACAACGUGCAGGACACCACCUUCACCGCCAUGAACCUGGGAGAGAAGUCCGACUACGAGUUCAGGAUCAUCGCUGUUAAUGCCGCUGGAAAAUCGGAACCAUCAUCUUGCACAACUCCAGUGAGAACUGGCGAAGAGAUCGGAGGGACCAAACCGGAAUGGGUCAAGAUGAUACCACCACAUAUGUGCGCUCCACUGAGCCGGCCUUUCACCAUCGAGUGUGUGGCUACUGGCAACCCAGUGCCUACGGGCAGGUGGCUGAGAAACGGACGAGAAAUUGUGUUAGGAACAAGAUUCAUCGCGGAGUCCCGCGAAGGCACUCUUCGCCUGAACAUCUUGGAGGCGACGGACGCGGACGAGGGCGACUACACCUGUGAAGCUGUCAACAAUAUUGGCUUCAUAUACUGCACUGGACAUCUUAAGAUCGGAAACCCGCCGCGCAUCACUCGUAUGCCAGGCGACCUUCACUUGCCUGAGCAUGACAACACCAAGAUCAAGAUCUUGUACACCGGAGACCAGCCAGCUGACGUCACGCUGACCAAAGAUGGCCACAAGGUCACCGACUCACCACACCUCAAGUUCACAGUCUUCGACGACUAUAUUCUCAUAUUUAUCAAGGAUAUCUCUAAAGACGAUAUGGGUACGUACAAGAUCUCAAUCAAGAAUAACUCGGGCGAAACAUCGGACACCUUCUCAAUAACGGUCACAGGAUUGCCUGGACCUCCGCAAGGCCCUCUAGAGACCACUAACAUCACCCGCCACUCCUGCACAUUGGCCUGGAAACCCCCCGCUUACGACGGAGGUCUACCAGUGACACACUACGUCGUGGAACGUAUCGACACAUCUGGUACUACUUGGAUCACGAUUGCGUCGUCAGUAAGGGAUACGAAGUUCACAGUGCAAGGAUUGACCGAAGGACAAGAGUACAACUUCAGGAUACACGCGGCCAAUGAAAAUGGUAUAGGGCCCGCAUUGGAAGGCGCUAGUCCGAUUAAGGCUAAGGCACCGUUUGACCCACCGUCGGCCCCUGGCAUCCCCAAGAUUUUGGAGGUGGGUGGAGACUUCGUUCACCUCGAAUGGGACAAGCCUGAGAGUGACGGAGGCGCUAGGAUACAAGGCUACUGGGUGGACAAACGCGAAGUGGGCGCUUCAACAUGGCAGCGCGUCAACGCCAUCUUGUGUCUGCCGAACCAACUGAACUGCCCGCAUCUGAUCGAAGGUCGGCAAUACGAGUUCCGGGUCACGGCGCAAAAUGAAGCUGGAUUGUCACCGCCCAGCUCUGCGUCGCAGGAGGUCAAGGUCAUUGACCCUAAGGCCGCCACACCGCCCGAGAUCGUGAAGCCAUUGAAGAACGCCAACUGCAUUCAGUACCAUAACGCUAAGUUCCAGUGCACCAUCACCGGAUCUCCUAAACCUACCAUCACGUGGUACAAGGGUGCACGCGAGAUAACGAACGGACCCCGCCACCGCAUCUGGUCGGAGGGAGACAACCACUUCCUCACAGUGAUGGACGUGUUCGGCGAGGACGCGGACGAGUACGUGUGCCGCGCCAGCAACCGGGCCGGCGUCAGGAGCACCAAGGCUGAACUGCUCAUCAUGACCGCACCGAAACUGAACGUGCCACCACGCUUCCGCGUCACGGCGUACUUCGACAAGGGUGAAAAUGUUGUCAUCAAGAUACCCUUCACUGGACACCCCGUGCCCAAGAUCACGUGGGUCAGAGAGGGAGAAGUGAUCGAGUCUGGAUUGCACUAUCAUGUUGAGAGAAAAGAACGCCACGCGAUCCUGACGAUACGCGACGCAAGCAAAUUGGACUCUGGGCCAUACCGCAUUACAGCCGAGAAUGAAUUGGGACAGGACUCCGCCAUCAUCAAUGUUGAAAUCAGCGAUCGUCCGGACCCACCACGAUUCCCGGCCACAGACAACGUGGGCGUGGACUCGCUGGCGCUGAGCUGGAAGGCGCCGGUCUGGGACGGGGGCUCCGACAUCACCAACUACCUGGUGGAGAAGAGGGAACACCCCAUGUCCAGCUGGAUAAGAGUUGGCAACACCAGGUUCACAACAAUGGCGAUCACUGGCCUAGUACCAGGCAAGCAGUACGAGUUUAGAGUUUACGCUGAGAAUAUCUACGGAAGAUCGGAGCCUAGCGAACCCACGUCAUUGGUUCAGACUAAAGCUGUCGUCAAAAAGGAGUUCAAGAAGAAGGAGUAUCCAGUGGACGAAACGGGCAAACGAAUCCGCACGAACGCAGACCACGGCCCGGUAAAGGACUACGACAGCUACGUAUUCGACAUCUACAGCAAAUACGUGCCUCAGCCGGUUGAUAUCAACACUUGCUCUGUAUACGACAAGUACGACAUUCUCGAGGAGAUUGGUGACUUCGUGAGGGCUUCUAAACGGAGGCGCGCCGGAGGCACAGGCGCGUUCGGCGUCGUCCACCGCUGCCGAGAGCGAUCCACUGGCAAUUACUUUGCUGCUAAAUUCAUACCGGUCUCUGGAGCGAUGGAGAAGGAGCUGAUAAAGAAGGAGAUUGAUAUCAUGAACCAGCUACAUCAUAGGAAACUGAUCAAUUUGCACGACGCAUUUGAAGAUGAUGACGAAAUGGUCUUGAUAUUUGAAUUCUUAUCCGGAGGCGAGUUAUUCGAGCGCAUCACAGAGCCGGGCUACAACAUGAGCGAGGCCGAGGCGGCUCACUACAUGAGGCAGAUCUGCGAAGGCGUCAGACAUAUGCAUGAACAGAACAUCAUACAUUUGGACCUGAAGCCGGAGAACGUCAUGUGUCAGACGAGAAGCGGCACUGAUGUCAAGAUCAUAGAUUUCGGGCUAGCCACGAAGCUGGAUCCGAACGAAGUCGUGAAGAUAUCGACGGGCACGGCCGAGUUUGCGGCGCCUGAGAUCGUGGAGAGGGAACCGGUCGGCUUCUACACGGACAUGUGGGCCGUUGGUGUUUUGUCAUACGUAUUACUGUCUGGCCUGUCACCGUUCGCGGGUAACAACGACAUAGAGACGUUGAAGAACGUGAAGGCUUGCGACUGGGAGUUCGACGAGGAAGCCUUCCAACACGUCUCUGAUGAUGCUAAGGACUUCAUCAGAAGGCUGCUGGUCAAGAACAAGGAGAAACGUAUGACAGCACACGAGUGUCUAAUGCACAAAUGGCUGGCGGGCGACGCGGCUGCGGCAAGAACCGCCACCAUCGAAGCUCGAAGAUACGAGAAGAUGCGCAACAGACUUAGAGAAAAAUAUGAGAACUGGUCUUCGUUCGCGCUGCCGAUCGGCAGGCUAAGCGAAUACAGCUCACUGAGGAAACUUCUCAUCGAGAAGUGGAAGAUCUAUGAUGGACAGUUCGACCGUCGCCAGGCGGCGCCACGGUUCGUGAUCAAGCCCCAAUCGGCGUUCUGCUAUGAGGGCCAAUCGGUGAAGCUGUACUGUCGCAUCAUCGCGUGCGCCACUCCAACGGUCACGUGGUCCCGCAACAACCACGAGCUGCGGCAGUCCGUCAAGUUCAUGAAGAGAUACGCGGGCGAUGACUACUACUUCAUAAUCAACCGGGCGAAGUUGGAGGACCGCGGCGAGUAUAUCAUCAGGGCUGAGAACCACUACGGGUUCAGAGAAGAGGUCGUCUUCUUAAACGUACAACCGGUGCCCAAGGUCCAACGCCAGCACCUGCCCGAAGCGCCCCGCAGACGCGAAGCUCUACCGUACACGUUCUGGCAGGAAUCCAGCGAAACGGCGCCGGUGUUCACCUUCCAGCUGAGGCCUCGCGUCAUGCAGGCCCGGGACACUUGCAAGCUGCUGUGCUGUCUCAGCGGGCGGCCCACGCCCACCGUCAAAUGGUACAAGGAUAGAAAAGAGCUGUCCAAGUUCGACUACUCGAUGACGCAUUCCGACGGCGUAGUGACCAUGGAGAUCAUAGACUGCCAGCCGGGAGACAGCGGCAAAUAUACCUGCAUUGCGACCAACGUGCACGGCACUGAUGAGACGUCUUGUGUCGUCAUUGUUGAGGGCGAAGUGGUGUCACCGGAGCAGGCGCAGUUGGCACACAACUUCCUGUACUCCGGAGACAGGAGGUACAUCGAGAAACCUAUCAAACCCGCACCGCCGCCCAUCAUUACCAAGACCAAGGUGACGAUAGACCCGCCCCCGAAGACGCAUACGGCCACCCCCCGACCGAAGUACUCUCCACAAUCAUCGGUGGACACCAAGAAGAAGUAUGGACCAAAACUGGACUCCGACACAUCGUCGAGGUCCAGGAGCGCUACCAAGGAAUUAGUUUUACCGGCGUCUGACGCGACGAUGUGCGCGCCUUCGUUCGCGCGCGCUUUACCAGACGUGUUCGCGGCCAAAGAUGGCGCUCCAUUGCUUCUGUCUUGUGCGGUCAGGGGUGACCCCGACCCCAGGGUGGAGUGGUUCAAGAACGGGAGCCCCCUGCAUUCUUCUGAGGUGGUCGACCUGAAAUACAAAAACGGCGUGGCGUCCCUCGCGAUACACGAGGUGUUCCCAGAGGACGAAGCGGAGUACUCGUUGCGGGCCAUCAACAGCCAGGGGCAGGUGGAGACCAAGUGCAAAGUCACGGUUAAACCAAUGGAUAGUAGUGCAGCGCCAGGCGCCCACCCCAAGAUCGGAGACAAGCCUCCCAAGAUCGUGGACCACGCGAAAUCUCAGAUCGUCACAGACGGAGAUAUGGUCACGUUGUCUUGCAGAAUCACGGGCGCAGAGCGUUUCGACGUGGUUUGGUUACACAACAACAAGGAGAUCAAGCCUUCCAAGGACUUCCAGUACUCCAACGAGGCCAACAUCCACAAGCUGAGCAUCGCUGAGAUAUUCCCUGAAGAUGCUGGCGUAUACACAUGCGAAGCGUUCAACGACGCGGGCGAAUCGUUCUCGUGCUGCACGCUGGUGGUGCUGGUGCCGGGGGAGAGCCCCGCCACGCCGCAGUACUCCGUCUUCCCUGCGGCGGCCACGCUCGGCUGCGGCGAACCGGCCGUCUUCACCGCUGAGCUGGACAAGCCACCGCUCCAGCUCCAAUGGCUGAAGGACGGCAAGCCGGUUGACGAGACCUCACCCAGGUACAGGUUCACAAUGGAGGGCACCUCCAGGUACCGGCUGGAGAUCGUCAAGUGUUCGCCCGAGGACGCCGGCCAAUACCAGGCCCGCGCCGUCGGCUCCAAGGGGGACUCCCUGGCCGCCUUCUAUCUCAACGUCACCGAUCUGUAAAUUGUGACUAAAACAUGGACUGACCACGGGCCCCAAGUAACACCCUUGGGUGACCCCACACAGAGAAAAACAAUCCAAACUGGAUCACGAUACAAUUACUGCGUAUAUAUAAUGAUUUUUAUACAAUUCGCGAGUCUAAGCGUGAAAAAGGAGUUUUUUAUAAUAUAAAAUUAUUUAUUAUUUAUUAAUUCGUUAAGUAUCGUUAAGUGUUACACCCUAUCGAAUGCCUAUGAGAAGUCGGACGAUCGAAUCCUCGCUCUCUAGUCACUGUUAACUAUUGAAUGUUAAUUUAUUUAUUGUCGAAUUUAUCCAUUGUUAAUUUCUUUUUUUGGUUUAAUUUUAUUUAUCGUCCUGGCCUAACAGUCUUAAUCGCAGCUUCCUUAAAGUUUAAGCUUGAGUUGAUCAAUAUUGCACGGACUCCGGUCGGGUUGAAGACCCUCUCGGAAAUAUUUUUGGCGCCACCACGAAAUAUUGCCGGAAUGAUCACCGCGACCCGAUCGGGAUCUGUAAUAUUAUUUUUAUAUAAAUUUAACUGUAUUAUUAAAUUGUACAUAAUUUAAUUUAUAUCAUGUGACAGCGUAAAUUAUAAAUAAAUAUGUAUACCUUAAAAAUUA